AAGGGCUUAAUGAAUUUUUCCUUAGCACUGCGAGUCUGCGAAAGCGCCUCUGGGAACUCUGAACCAAUCGCUCAAAUCGAUUCUCUCUCUCUGAUAUUGUCCAUUCUUCGUUUUCUUUUGAUGGAGCCAGGUAAUGUUGUCGUUAGCAGCCCACCUAGGGUUUCGUAUUGAGCCGCCGAGUAGGGUUUCAUGUUCUUUUUGUAAAGCCUCGACCUUUCUUCGAUUCUUUUCGUCACUUUUUAAUUCCCAGAACCUUAAUCUCAUUUCCAGUCUAUCGAUUCAAACUGUGAUUUGAAUCUUCCGUAGUUGUGGUGAUUUUGAUAUUGUAAUGGACGACGGGGAGCUCGAUUUCUCGAACCAGGAAAUGUUUUCAAGUACGAAUAUGGGGGAGCUUCCGAGUAGUUGCUCAAUGGAAAGUUUCUUUGAUGAACUUCUCAAGGACACUCAUGCUUGCACUCACACCCACACUUGCAACCCACCCGGCCCUGAUUCUUCGCAUACCCACACCUGUGUUCAUGUACACACUAAAAUUGUUCCCGCAUCAAGCGAGGAAAAGGUUGCGACGGAUGAUACUGCAGAGUCCACCGAAAAGAAAGGGAAGAAAGUGAAACGACCGUUGGGCAAUCGGGAAGCGGUUCGCAAGUACCGUGAGAAGAAGAAGGCUCGAGCUGCAUCAUUGGAAGACGAGGUUGAGAGAUUACGGGGUUUGAAUCAGCAGUUGUUGAAGAGGUUGCAGGGUCAAGCUGCAUUGGAAGCGGAGAUUGCAAGGCUGAAGUGUUUGCUUGUGGACAUUCGAGGAAGAAUUGAAGGGGAGAUUGGAUCGUUUCCAUAUCAAAAACCGGUUAACCCCCCCAACUUUCCUAAUCCGAACAUGGCUGGCGCAUAUGUGAUGAACCCAUGUAACAUGCAGAGUGGAGAGCAGGUCUAUUGUCUUCAUCCAGUGGCGGAUGGCAAAAGUGGAGAAGACGUAACAUUAAACGGCCAAGGCUUUAGUGGCUGUGAAUUUGAGAAUCUCCAGUGUUUGGCAAAUCAAAAUUCGGUAUCCAAGGAGCGUGCUGUUGGGAAUGAAGCAUCCGAUGUCAAUUCAUCCGGCACAAAUAAGAGGAAAGGAGGAGCUCGGGCAGCAAAAGCAAGUUGAAGAGCUGACUAUUUGUCAGUGUGUUUAUCCUCAAGGGUACAUAUGGUCUACCAAUAAGUAGUUUUGUUGGACUGCAGCGUCGUCAUUUUUGUGAUUUUAUUUUUUCUGUUUUAUGUUUGUAUCCACUGUUGGGUUCUUGGGGUUGCCAUGGGCUUUCUAUAUCAAGCAUGAGAUUUGCUGGGCUUGCUGCUGUUUUA